AGGGCGGGGCGGGGCGGGGCGUCCGCUCACGGCGGCCCGCGGCGGCGACGGGGCGGGGGGGAGGCGCCGACUGUUCCCAUGGCGGCUGCGCCGGAGGCCGGAGAGCCCGGGAAGGGGAAGCCCUUCAAGCUCCUAGGAAUUUUAGAUGUUGAAAACAUCCCCUGUGCACGGGAUUCGACAUUGUAUGGCUCAUUAGGAUCUGUUGUGGCUGGCCUUGGACACUUUUUGUUAACUAGUAGAAUUAGAAGAUCAUGUGACGUUGGAAUAGGAGGAUUUAUCUUGGUGACUUUAGGAUGCUGGUUCCAUUGUAGGUAUAAUUAUGCAAAGCUAAGAAUCCAGGAAAGACUUGCCAGAGAAGGAAUUAAAAACAAGAUUUUAUAUGAAAGUACCCACCUUGAUCCUGAAAGAAAACAAACCAACAGCGGCAGCAGCAGCAGCAAUUGAGCAGUCUUGAGCACAGAAAACCCAGAUACAACUCACUUCGGUGUGAACAAAGCCGAGAUCAACUAUAGAAAGCAUUUUAUAUACCAUAAGGCUUUCAACCAAGUAAAUAAAGUAUGUGUAAGUUGUAGUCUUUUUUACAUGUGUAUGAAUAUUUACAAACUUAUUCUGGCCCUGUAUCUACUGUCAGUAUAGCACAUAGUGGACUCGUACUUAAAAUAAACCUUGUGUUUAACAUGCUUAGAAAAGUGUUUCCUUAUAGUAAGCAGUGAGUACACCUGACGUUUGAAGAAAUAAAAUCUCAGUUCGAUGUUAAAACUUGCCUUAAAAACAAAAAUCACAACUGUAUUACCGUACCCUGUUAAAAAUGAGGGGAUACUUUCUGAUUUCGAAAGCCAGUGAUGUUGUAUCAGACUUAAAACUAAUGGGUCAUCACUUUGCAAUUGUUAUUUUAAAAAUGUACCCAUUGCUUGACCCUAUUCUUCCACUUCAACAGGUGAGUCACCUCUCAGAAAGUAAAGGUGGUUUUUAGCUGCUCUAAAUA